AUGGCGGACCAGGACGAGACAGAUGCUGCCACGGUUGACCGGGAUUCGGUGGAGGGCACUGUUUCUUUGAUGUGUCUCCCGAACGAGCUCCUACUCGCAGUCAGCAACCUGCUCGAAAUCGGCGACCUAUCUCGGCUGGCUCGAGCCUCUCGUUUCUGCCAUCGGCUUCUGGUCGACACUCUCUAUCAGAGGGACGCCGCACAGAGAGCGUUUGAUGAGAACUCUUGCUCCUGUUGCUCGAGAGCGCUUCGUUGGGGCUGCCUCACGAGCAGUGUCGGCACCCUGCGGCGCGCUCUGGCGGCACCCGGUGCAGACUUGAGCCGCAGCUGGCCGCACGCGUUUGCCAUGGCACUCGACACCACGUGCCCUAGCCCGCUGACCACACUCGACUGUCUCCUCAACCAUGGUGCAUCCGCCAGCGUACCAGUGUUCCGUGGCCUCCACGGCAAGCCCAUCGACGGCGGUCCACAUCCUUACGCGGCCGCGCUGCCGCCGCGGUGGUGCCCCGUGCCCGUCGUGGCCUGCUUUCUGGCACACGGUGCCACACUGGCACUGGGCAGCGAGUACGGCCAGAACGGCGUUGCUGGACUGUCUCACAUUGUGUCUGCAACAUGGAGCCAUGUGUUGGGUCUCGUGCAGGUGCGCGGGCCACGGCGAUGGACAUGGUCUCACGCGGACUCACCCGAGCUGCGGCACGACCACUGCCUCCACGACGCGGUGCCAUGCAACGUGGCCCUAACGCGGCUCUUGCUGCAACAGGGCCAUGCUGAUCCCAACAUGGCUUUUGGUGACCGGCAUCCCGACCGACGCGGGGACAAUGCGACAGGCUCACCAACAGACUCGCUGCUGUUGCGCGCCAUUGCCGAUCCGCGACGGCCGGUAGAGCUGCUGCAGUGCCUGACCGACGCGGGUGCAGACUUGAAGCGGCUGUGCUAUCUGCACGGCAGUGAGAAGGACAGUGAACGGCAAAGCCGAGAUCGUCCGCCUCUUCACGCCAUUCUCGAAGAUGCUGUCCGUCUUCGGUCACUUGCUGCUUAUCCACGCCGCCAGCACUGGGACUGUUAUCCGAGGCAUGUCUGGUACCCCAAGGCCGAGGCGAUCCUGCGUUUCCUCCUGGCACGGGGGCUACAACUUGGUGGGAAUCGAUUCCAACGAGAGUCUCGUCGAGGCGGACGAGAAGGCCGUGCAAUAGCACGGACGACGUAG